AUGUCCCUAUAUCUUGCAGGCAAUGGGACUGCCCUGGUGCUCUUCCCCUCCCCAGUGCCAACGUUCAUCCGCAUCUGGAAGAAAGGGUCGGUGGAGCAGUACUCGCCGGUGCCGUACGUGGCGACGCUGCUCAACUGCAUGAUGUGGGUGCUGUACGGCCUGCAGCUGGUCCACCCACACAGCAUGCUCGUCAUCACCAUCAACGGCACCGGCAUGGCCAUCGAGCUCACCUACGUCACACUCUUCCUCCUCUACUCCACCGGCGCCGCCCGCCGCAAGGUCUUGCUCCUCCUCGCCGCCGAGGUUGCCUUCAUCAGCGCGGUCGCGGCGCUCGUGCUCAGCCUGGCGCACACCCACGAGCGGAGGUCCAUGAUCGUCGGCAUCCUCUGCGUCCUCUUCGGCACCAGCAUGUAUGCCGCGCCGCUCUCCGUCAUAAAAAUGGUUAUCCAGACUAAGAGCGUUGAGUACAUGCCACUGUUCCUGUCACUGGCAUCCCUGGGGAACGGCAUCUGCUGGACUACCUACGCGCUCAUCCGCUUCGACCUCUACAUCACCAUCCCCAACGGGUUGGGUGCGCUCUUCGCGGUGGCGCAGCUGAUCCUGUUAGCCACCUACUACAAGUCCAUCCAGGAGAUCAUCGAAGCCCGGAAGCGCAAGGCCGAUCAGGUCGCCAUGACCGAGGUCGUCAUCGACGGCAAAGCAAACAACCAUGCCGGUGCCGGUCACUACUGAUGAUGAUGAUACCAAGUCGUAGCUGGCGUUAUGUAAUGGAAUAUUAUUGUGUCCGUCCCAAGAGCGAUGAAGCGUCGUCAUAUGUUGUCACUAGCUUUGUUAGGUGUGGGGCGAGGGUGGGGAAUUUUAGCUAAUUCCACCUCUAGGGCUCGUUCGGUUACUCUGGAAUUAGUCCCAGGAACGAUUCCCGGUUGGAAUGGUUCACUAAUUUGUAUAAUCUUGA